UCGUGCUCUCGCGAGAGUUGAGAAGGUAUAAAAGAGAAGGGGCACUGCCUGCAGGGCUGGAUCUUUUUUUGUUUCGAGCCGGGAGCGGCAAGAGGAUAUUUGAGGAAGCGGAUAAUUUCGCAUUAGCUCCAGUCAGAAUGUCAGCAGGAGAUGCUCACAUUGGGAAGCCAGCCCCAGACUUUCUGGCCACGGCUGUAAUGCCAGAUGGGCAAUUCAAAGAAAUCUCACUCUCUCAGUACAAAGGGAAAUAUGUUGUGUUCUUCUUCUAUCCACUUGACUUUACCUUUGUCUGCCCAACUGAGAUCAUUGCAUUCAGUGACAGAUCUGAGGAGUUUAGAAAAAUCAACUGCGAAGUGAUUGGUGCUUCUGUCGACUCUCACUUUUGCCAUCUUGCCUGGAUCAACACACCCAAAAAACAGGGUGGACUAGGCUGCAUGCGUAUUCCCUUGGUGUCUGACACGAACCGUGAAAUUUCUAAAAAGUAUGGAGUAUUAAAAGAAGAUGAAGGCAUUUCCUACAGGGGCCUCUUCAUCAUUGAUGAUAAGGGAAUCUUGCGCCAGAUCACAAUCAAUGAUCUCCCUGUUGGUCGCUCAGUUGAUGAAACACUCCGGCUAGUUCAGGCUUUUCAGUUUACAGACAAACAUGGAGAAGUGUGUCCUGCUGGCUGGCAUCCUGGGAAAGACACUAUCAAGCCUGAUGUUCAGAAGAGUAGAGAGUACUUCUCCAAGCAGAACUAAAUGUGCUGUGUGAUUGGGUUUUUUUUUUUGUACAAGGCAUCUAUUCUGUAACCUGUAUAAGUAAAAGCAGACCUGUACUUGUCA